AUGUGCACCGACCUCCUCAUCCUAACAAUCUGCCCCCUCUGCCAGGCCCCCCAGCACACGCAGCUCGUGUACCAGCGCGGCUGCGACGAGGCCUUGGAGGCCGGUCGCCUCGCGGGCGGCGACUUCGCCGGCAAGCACGGGUCCUGCGCGGAGGGGCUCGCGCGCGAGCGCCGCACGAGGGCUGCUAACGAGGCGUGCGGCGUGUGUCGCUGGAAGGCGUGGGUUAGGGCGCGGCAGCGGCUUAGGGGCGUGGAUUUCUGGGCCGUGGCGCGAGGGGAUGGGAGGAGGGCCGGGAGGGGUGGGGGGUUGAGGAAUGGGCCGGUGAUGAUGAUGACGGGGGGUGGAUGGAGGGUUAUUGGAUGA